AUGACGGAGAACAAGGAUCAACGCUGUCUCAAAGACAAGAUCUAUUACCCGUGGGAUAAAUCCAGCCUGAAGUCAAUACCAAUGGACUUGACGCAGUUUAAGGAACUGGAUGACCAUGCAUCAAAGGUGGAUAUCAGGAACAACGUGAAAAAACUGGUGAAUGUCUUGCUCCAAAAAGCUCACAGUGACCUGGAGAAAGUCCGAGCCAUUUGGAUGUGGACGUGCCAUCAUAUAGAAUACGAUGUGGACGGAUACCAUAACAAGGUGCCUUCUGAGGCAACUGAUGCCCUUCAGUCGGGAAAAAGCGCUUGUGGGGGAUAUGCUGGCCUCUUCGAAGAAAUGUGCAGUCUUGCAGGGAUACAAUGCAAGCGGUUGUCCGGCUUCGCCAAAGGGUUCCAAUACAAACCAGGAAAAGUAUUUGAGGGGAAGACUAAUCAUGUCUGGAAUGCGGUUUAUCUUGAUGGAAGGUGGCAUCUUUUAGACAACACCUGGGGCAGCGGCUGCGUGGAUGACUCUUGUAGUAAGUUCACUUUCAGGUACAAUGAGUUUUACUUCCUUACCCACCCUGCUCUGUUUAUUAAUGAUCACUUCCCAGAAGACCACAGCUGGCAGCUUCUGAAACGGACAUUAUCACUGCAGCAAUUUGAACGUAAUGUGUGGUAUAAGUCUGCCUUUUAUUCAGUAGGGCUGACAGGGACAUCCACGGCAACAUCAGUCAUCGAAACAGAAAACGGCAAGGCAACUGUUUUUAUUGAGAGUCGUUCUCCGACCCUCUUCCUUUGCAAGCUCAACGGGGCAAACGAACACUGCUUCAUGAACCUGCAGAGGAACGGGAUGACCCUGGAUGUGUAUCCCCAAGAGGUGGGGACUCAUAGCUUGGACAUCUUCGCCAAACCUUCCAGGAGCAAGGAGGAGAACUACAGCCACGUGGUAGAAUACUCCCUGAUGUGCCGAUCUGUGGACAAGAGCUUCUGCUUGCCCAAAACGAUCAUCCAGCCUGUGGGGCCCAGCUGGCAAUCGGAGGAGAAGGGGAUCCUGGGAGCCUCGCCUGCCAGUCCGAUCGUCCACACGGAUGACGGACGCUGCGUUGUCACCUUCACUCGAAGUAGGGACCUGGAUCUCUUUGCCACCCUGGACUGUGAUGCCGGCAGCAUGUCGGAGGACCUGCGGAGGCGUCACAUCUGGACAACAUGCCAAGAUGCCCAUGUUGAGUUGAAGAUACAGCUCCCUCACGCAGGGGCCUUUGCUCUUCACAUCUGGGCAAAGAAAGCAUCCGAUCCGGGCAACAGUCGCUGCGCCCUCAGCUACCUCCUCUCCUGCCCAAACAAGAGUGUGUUGUGGCCGGUUUUCCCACAGAGUUAUACGAACUGGGAGGAUGCUUUUGAGCUGGUGGCACCUGUCGCCGGGGUCCUGCCGGCCAACCGCGAUGUGACAUUUAAGCUCAAGCUGCCUGGAGUAGAUGAGGUGUCUGUCGAAUGCGGAAAUUCUCGCCAAUUGACUCUUAGUGAAGACGGUUUCUGGGAGGGAACAUGCAGCACCUCGGAUGGUCCCAGGGUGACAGUGAUGAUAUCCAAAAAUGGCAGUCACUCCUUCUGGGCCCUGCUGGAGUACAAAGUGGAAAGUCACUAG